AGAAAUCGAGUGCAGUAGAGAGAGAAAAAAAAAGAGCUGGGUAAAACUGCUUCAGAGUACAUGUAUAGUUAAUUUCAAUUAUGGACGACGAACAAGAAACCUACAAAUUAUGGCGUAUUCGAAAAACAAUAAUGCAGCUUUGUCAUGAUAGAGGUUACUUGGUUACCCAAGAUGAGUUGGAUCAAACUUUAGAAGAGUUCAAAGGCCAAUUUGGGGACAGACCAAGUGAAAGGAAGCCAUCUAGAAGUGAUCUUAUUGUAUUAGUGGCUCAUAAUGAUGACCCAACAGACCAGAUGUUUGUGUUUUUUCCUGAAGAACCAAAUGUGGGUAUAAAGACAAUUAAGACAUACUGUCAAAGGAUGCAGGAGGAAAAUAUCACACGGGCAAUCAUUAUUGUACAAAAUAAGAUGACACCGUCUGCCAAACAAUCCCUCACCGACAUGGCACCAAAGUACAUACUGGAACAAUUCCUGGAAGCCGAGCUUCUCAUCAAUAUUACAGAACACAUGCUUGUUCCUGAACAUGUUGUGAUGACACCUGAAGAAAAGGCUGAACUGUUGGCCAGAUACAAAUUGAAAGAAUCACAGUUACCCAGAAUACAGCAAGGUGAUCCUGUAGCUCGAUACUUUGGUUUAAAAAGAGGACAUGUUGUAAAGAUCAUCAGAAAUUCAGAGACUGCAGGGAGAUAUGUGAGCUAUCGCUUAGUGGUAUGAAACAGAGGAAUUUUAAAAGAGAACAACAUGAGAAUAGGACUUGGUCAAUCAGAAUAGUUAUGAUGCUUCAUGAGGACAUUUUUGAAAUACUCUUUUACAUAUAUUUUUUUUACUGCAGUAAAGUCUUGUUGAAGGAUUUUUAUUAGUGUGAAGAAACAGUGCAUAUGAACAUUCAGAGAUAUAAAAGAAUGAUAAUUGUUCAUAUACAAUUUUCUGUUCAUGAGCAUUUCAUUAAGCCAAAUUGUAUUUUUGGCACCUGGAUUAUUCAGGUAGCCUUAAUGUGCAUUAUCAACUGUCGUGUCAGGAAUUCAACAUUUUCCAUUGUCAAGUUUAACUUGUAGAGUGUGUUCAAAGACAAAGCAACACUUGCUAUUAAACAAGUGAUAUGACUGAUAAAACAUAAUCUCAGUACCUAAUCCAAAUUCAUGUUCUUCACUAUAAUUUUAUGUGGCAGUACUAUUGUAUUCAUGCACGCAUCAAGCACAAUAAAAGGAAUAUGAAUUCAGGACAUUAAAGUAAAUGUACGUAAUAUAAGAA